AUGAUGAUUGACGACUGGGAAAUGUUCGAAAAUCUUUUGGAUUACUCAUACAGUGAAGUUCUCCAUAGUGAAACUCAGUAUCAUCCUGCAUUAUUCACUGAGAGUGCGUGGAAUGAUAAAACGAAACGAGAGCGUUUGACGGAGCUGAUGUUCGAGAAAGUACAAUAUUCCAGCGUUCUUUUUGUGCAAAAAUGCUGUUCUAACAGCGUGACCGUCAGAGAGCUCACGAGAGCAUACUCAAUCGGUGGUGAUGUGAUAUGCGAGCAGCUGCAGCACAUGUUGGAUGAACAGAAUAUAGAAGUAGUGCCUAUUUAUAAAAUUGGUGGAAAGGAAGAAGUUAAUGAGAACGAGCCACCUCGUUGGACUAAAAGAAAAAACCUGCCCGAGGUUACAGAGAGCUAUGAUAAGUUCAUGAAGAAACAGGAGUUUCUUGCUGAGCGCAUAAAAGUGCCGGAAAGCCUUUUUGAUCUCAAGUAUCUUCGUAAUAUGCCGGCAACUCAGUCAACUUUACUCAAUGUGACGCAGAUAGCUACUACUGCAGCAGGAAUGUGCGAUAUCGACAUACGACCGACAUUAUACAGUGGUCUCAUGGUUACUGGUGGAAAUUCACUCAUUCUUGGCUUCACCGAACGGCUCAAUCAUGAUCUGGCACACAAGUGCCCUCCAAUGUGGCUUUCGCGGAAGGUAGAUUGCGCUGCUAAGGAUGAAGUUCUAUUCAUGACUUCAGAAAAGCACUCUGAACCACUCUCGGAAGAAUGUACCUGGAUGAACAUGCUUAAAGUAUUCAAAAAGCCUAUAGGUGAUUGCAAACAGUUCAUUAUCCAACUUAAAAAUUCAACAAACUACUGUAAAUCUGGAGGCCCUAGAUGUGGCCAUCUUUUUCGACCUCUCUACAUUUGUAUGUCCAAUGACGAAAAGGAGGACAGCUCUAUAAAAUGUCCUGAAGAAUUCGUUGACUGGGUAGCUUGUAUGCAGAACCUGAGUGGUAUGGAAGAGAAGCAUGCGGUGCAUUUCAUGACCAAGAAGGAUCUCCUGGAGCCUUUAGCCGCGGACUUGAAGCACUUGCUUGAACCCAGGAAGGAUGAGCCAACAUCAUUUCUAGCUGACGGUCGUAUUAACGAGGAAUGCACAUGUCUUCAUUCAGCCCUAGCUCACCGAUGCGGUCACCUUAUGCGUGAAGCCGUCCGGUGUUUCAAUUCGUCUACAGUAACACCUCGUGGUGCUGACUGUGAAGAAUAUUUCAUACGGCAGGCCAAAUGUGUGAAAAAGUACGGUGGCUUCAAGGACUGA